CGCCCCGCCCACUAGCUCCGUGCUGGAGGCGUGGUGAGAACAAACCCCGCCCACACCAAGCGGGACCUCUCGGCAACCGGCACAACACAACAAAAUGGCUGCGAUGCCGCCGGUCGCCUGAGGGGAGGUAUCCCAGCGUCUCCGCAUCGCCUCUCCCCCUUGGCUGUUCCUUCCGGUGCUGAGGCGGUUUUGAUGGCCACCUGGUUUUAUUCUUGCAAUGAAGAAAGGUUCUGAACGAAAGCUCUCCAAAGCAAAGAUGCCAGUGUCAUCUCAUUUUCCUGGGCCAUCGUCUCUUAGGUCCAGCAUGCGAUCUAGGUCACUGUCCCCUUUAAUUGGAUCUGAGACUCCACCUUUUCAUCCUGGUGGACAGUGCCCUGCACAGGCUGAGCUUACAGAUGAAAACACCAUGCCUUUGGAGUCCCAGCAACAUAAAGGAGCUGAUCCAUACGUAGGAGUCCGGUAUAUUACAGAGGCCCUCAUCAAAAAACUCACUAAACAGGACAAUUUGGCCUUGGUGAAGUCUCUGAAUCUUUCACUUUCUAAAGAUGGUGGCAAGAAAUUUAGGUACAUCGAAAAUCUGGAAAAGUGUGUUAAACUUGAAGUUCUAAAUCUCAGCUAUAAUCUAAUAGCGAAGAUAGAGAAAGUGGACAAGCUGUUACGAUUACGUGAACUCAACUUAUCGUAUAACAAAAUCAGUAAGAUUGAAGGACUAGAAAACAUGUGUAACCUGCAAAAGCUAAACCUAGCAGGUAAUGAAAUCGAGCACAUUCCUGGGUGGUUCUCAAAGAAACUGAAGUCUUUGCGAGUCCUCAAUCUGAAAGGCAAUAAGAUAUCAUCGCUCCAGGAUGUAAGCAAGUUGAAGCCACUUCAAGAUCUGACUUCUCUAACCCUCAUUGACAAUCCAGUUGUGGCCCUUCCUCAUUACCUCCAGUUCAUCAUUUUCCACCUCCGUUCCCUGGAAAGUUUGGAGGGUCAGCCAGUAACCACUCAGGAUAGACAAGAGGCUUUCGAGAGAUUCAGUUUAGAGGAGAUAGAAAGGCUGGAAAAAGACCUGGAAAAGAAGACAGUGGAAACAGAAGAGCUUAAGAACAAACAAACAAAGUUUCUUGAGGAAAUAAAACAUCAGGAUAAACUAAACAAGUCAUUGAAAGAAGAAGCCAUGUUACAAAAACAGAGCUGUGAGGAGCUAGAAAGUGACCUCAACACAAAAAAGGAGCUGCUAAAACAGAAAACAGUGGAACUGACGCGGGCAUGUCAGAAGCAGUAUGAGCUGGAGCAGGAACUGGCCUUUUACAAAAUUGAUGCCAAGUUUGAGCCACUAAAUUAUUAUCCGUCAGAGUAUGCUGAAAUGGACAAAUCCCCAGAUGAAAGCCCUUACAUUGGCAAAUCCAGAUACAAGAGAAAUAUGUUUGCCACCGAGACUUACAUUGUCAGCGACGCCCAGGCAGUUCAGGUCAGGAAGAUGGUGCCAGACGGAGGACAGCUCAGACAUGAGCACGCACCGAGAGCCCAAGCACCACCUGAUGUGCAGUUGGAAGACACAGGAAAACAAAUAGUUGCAGCACAAACUCGACUGUCAGAACUACACCAUGAAAUAGAAGCAGCAGAACAGAAAGUAUUACGGGCUACUCAAGAAUUUAAACAACUGGAAGAAGCUAUACGACAAAAAAAGAUUUCAGAAGCAGAGAAAGACCUUCUUCUCAAGCAGUUGAGUGGUAGACUACGACACCUAAACAAGUUACGCCAGGAAGCUCUGGAUCUAGAAGCUCAGUUGGAAAAGCAAAGAAAAGAAAUUGCUGAAAAGCAUGAGGAGAUCAACAGUGCGCAGCUGGCCACAGACCUCCUGGACUCCAAAGACCCAAAGCAGUCCCAUAUGAAAGCCCAGAAGAGGGGUAAAGAGCAGCAGCUCGACAUUAUGAACAAGCAGUACACACAACUGGAAAGCCGCCUGGACGAGAUACUUUGUAGGAUUGCUACAGAGACUGAAGAGAUCAAGGACCUUGAACAGCAGCUUACUGACGGCCAGAUAGCAGCAAAUGAAGCUCUGAAGAAGGAUUUGGAAGGCGUCAUCAGUGGGUUGCAAGAGUACCUGGGGACCAUCAAAGGCCAGGCAGCUCAGGCCCAAAAUGAGUGCAGGAAGCUGCAGGAUGAGAAAGAGACACUGCUGCAGAGACUGACAGAAGUCAAGCAGGAGAAGGACGAACUGGAAAUAGUUGCCAUGGAUGCAGAGAAUAUGAGGAAGGAGCUCGCAGAGCUGGAAAAUGCCCUCCAGGAGCAGCAUGAGGUGAACGCAUCCCUGCAGCAAGCCCAGGGAGAUCUCAGCGCCUAUGAAACUGAGCUAGAGACUCAGCUGAAACUAAAGGAUGCUGAAACCAGCCAGCUCAAGCAGGAGUUAGAAAACCUCGUAAGGCGCACUCAGCUAGAACAAUCGGUGCUUCAAACAGAGCUGGAGAAGGAAAGACAGUCCCUCAGGGAUGCCCUGGGCAAAGCCCAGUCCUCAGAAGAGAAGCAACAGGAGAACAGUGAGCUCCGUGCACAGCUUAAGCAGCUUCAGGACGACAACAGCCUACUAAAGAAGCAGCUGAAAGACUUUCAGAGUCACCUUAACCAUGUGGUUGAUGGUCUGAUUCAUCCAGAGGAAGUAGCAGCUCGUGUGGAUGAGCUAAGGAAAAGGUUGAAGCUAGGAGCUGGGGAGAUGAGAAUCCAUAGUCCUUCAGAUGUCUUAGGGAAAAGUCUUGCUGAUCUACAGAAACAGUUCAGUGAAAUCCUUGCACGAUCCCAGUGGGAAAAAGAGGAAGCCCAGGUUAGAGAGAGGAAACUCCAUGAAGAAAUGGCUCUCCAGCAAGAGAAACUGGCAAAUGGUCAAGAGGAGUUCAAGCAGGCCUGUGAAAGAGCACUUGAAGCCAGAAUUAAGUUUGAUAAAAGACAACAUAAUGCAAGAAUCCAGCAAUUAGAAAACGAAAUUCACUAUUUGCAAGAGAACCUAAAAAGUAUGGAAAAAAUCCAAGGCCUUACAGACCUCCAGCUUCAGGAAGCAGAUGAAGAGAAGGAAAGAAUUCUGGCCCAACUCCAGGAGUUAGAGAAAAAGAAGAGGCGGGAAGAUGCCAGGUCUCAGGAGCAGUUCCUUGGUUUAGAUACAGAGCUGAAAAGUCUGAAGAAGGCUGUGGCUGCUUCUGAUAAACUAGCUGCAGCCGAGCUCACCAUUGCCAAAGAGCAGCUCAAGUCCCUGCACGGAACUGUCAUGAGGAUUAAUCAGGAGCGAGCAGAGGAGCUGCAGGAGGCAGAGCGGUCCAGCAGAGAGGCCAUGCAAGCAGCCAAGGACCUGAGCAGAGCCGAGGCAGAGAUCGAGCUCCUACAGCACCUUCUCAGGGAGAGAGAGGGCCAGUUCCGAGAUGAGAUGGAGAAUGCACACGUAGGCUCUAAAGGAGCAAACUUACAGCUAUUAGAGAUUGAGGCGCUGAAGGAGGCCAUGGCGAAGCAAAGGGCUGAGAUCACAAGACUCCGGGAUGUAUUAAACCUCACAGGGACAGGUAAAAAAGGAGGCAUUGAGAAUGUUGUAGAGGAAAUCGCUGAGCUCCGGCACGCAGUUUCUGCUCAGAAUGAGUACAUCAGCAGCAUGGCAGAUCCUGUCCAAAGACAAGGCUGUUGGUAUUUCAUGCCACCACCACCAUCGUCAAAAGUUUCCAGCCAUAGUUCUCAGGCUACCAAGGACUCCGGUUUGGGUCUAAAGUGUACAGCCUCUACUCCUCUUAGAUCACAACAGGCUGGACAGCAAGAAGAGAAGGGCAGCAGUGGACCUCUGCCUGCUUCGGGAUACUGGGUCUACUCACCCAUCAGAAGCACACCGCAUAAGUCAUUUUCAAAGAGAGAUGCAGACAAUGGAGGAGAUAGCCAGGAAGAAAGUGGACUGGAUGACCAGGAGGACCCCCCAUUUGUGCCUCCCCCUGGGUACAUAAUGUAUACUGUGCUUCCUGAUGGUUCUCCUGUGCCCCAGGGAGUGGCCCUGUAUGCGCCAUCGCCUCCCUUGCCCCACAGCAGUCAUCCUCUGACCCCUGGCACUGUGGUUUAUGGCCCACCUCCUGCUGGGGCCCCCAUCAUAUAUGGACCUCCUCCUGCCAACUUUGCUGUUCCCCUCAUCUCCAUGGGUGUGCAGCAUUGCAACAUCCCAGAGCACCGUGACCUGGAGAAUGAGGUGUCUAGACUAGAAGACAUAACACACCACUUAAAAUCAAAACACCAGGAAGAGCGGUGGCUGAAAACAUCCAGGCAGCAUCCUGAGAAAGAGGUGGAAGAGCUACACCGCAACAUCGAUGACCUUGUGCAAGAGAAGAAGGAGUUAGAGCUCGAGGUAGAGGAAUUACACAGAACCGUUGAGAGGCAUCAACAACGGAGGGACUUCAUUGAUGGAAACGUUGAGAAUCUAAUGACUGAACUAGAAAUAGAAAAGUCUCUCAAACAUCACGAGGAUAUUGUAGAUGAAAUUGAGUGCCUAGAGAAAACUCUCCUGAAACGUCGCUCGGAGCUCAGGGAAGCUGACCGACUCCUGGCAGAAGCGGAGAGUGAGCUCGCAUGCACCAAGGAGAAGACAAAGAGUGCUGUCGAAAAGUUCACUGAUGCCAAGAGAAAUUUAUUACAAACUGAGUCAGACGCUGAGGCAUUAGAAAAGAGAGCCCAGGAGACUGCACUUAACCUUGUGAAAGCAGAGCAGCAACUAAGAUUGCUCCAGGCUGAUGCAGAAGACUUGGAGCAACACAAAAUCAAACAAGAAGAAAUCUUGAAAGAAAUAAACAAAGUUGUAGCAGCCAAAGAUGCUGAUUUCCAGUGUCUAAACGAGAAGAAGGAAAAACUGACAGAAGAGCUUCAAAGUCUGCAGAGAGACAUCAAGGCAGCGGAAGUCAAUGAGGAUCACCACCUUCAGGUUCUUAAGGAAUCUGAGAGUCUCCUUCAGGCCAAGAGAGCUGAGCUGGAAACACUGAAAAGCCAGGUGACAAGCCAGCAGCAGGAGUUGGCUGUCCUAGACUCACAGCUGGGGCACAGAAGGGAAGAGCUGCUUCUACUCCAGGACAGCCUCACCCAGGCAAAAGCUGACCUCCAGGAAGCCCUGACACUGGGGGAGACGGAAGUUGCCGAGAAGUGCAGUCACAUCAGGGAAGUAAAAUCACUUCUGGAAGAACUAAGUUUUCAGAAAGGAGAACUGAAUGUCCACAUCAGUGAGAGGAGGACUCAGCUCACACUUAUAAAGCAGGAGAUAGAGAAGGAGGAAGAGAAUCUUGAGGUAGUUUUACAGCAGCUGUCGAAACAUAAGACUGAACUAAAGAAUGUUGCAGACAUACUGCAGCUUGAAACCAACGAGCUACAAAGUCUGAAGCUACAGCAUGACCAGAAGGUGGUGGAGCUGGAGAAGACUCAGGUCGACCUGCUGGAGGGGAAGCUAGAGCUAGAGAGUUUGCAGCAGACAGCUCAGCAGCAGAGACGGGAGCUAGAGCGGCAGAGACAACUCCUGGAGAGAGACAGGCGGGAGACAGAGCGAGUGAGGGCUGAGACCCAGGCACUACAGUCCUGCAUCGAAUGUCUGAAUAAAGAAAAGGAACAUCUCCAAGAGCAGUGCGAGAGUUGGGAAAAGAAGUCUUCCCACGCCAAAAGAGUUUUAGCAGCUACCGAGGAAAGCAACAACACGGAGCAGUCCAAGCUGGGGCAGCUGGAAGUGAGCGUCAGGAAGCUGCAGCAGGAGCUGGAGCUCCUGAGCCAAGACAAGCUCGCCCUACACAGUGAUAGCGCCCAGGAGCAACAGCAGCUGCAAGAUAAACGGGAAGCCUUAAACUCCCUGCAGAAGGAACUGGAAAAUACCCAAGACCAUUUGAACCUAGCAAAGCAGGACCUGAUGCACACCACCAAGUGCCAGAGUGCUCUGCUCAGUGAACAGGCACAGCUGCAGAAGGACGUCAGCCAAUGGACUGCCCGGUUAGAGAGCUGCCAGAAAGAGACGGAGACAAAAGAGCAGCAACUUCAGGAGCUUCAGGAUGAGAUCAGAGAGAGCAAGCUCCAGCUAGACCAGCAGGAAAUGGUGUUUCAAAAACUCCAGAAAGAAAGAGAAAGUGAGGAGCAGAAGUUAGUGGCUAGCAUAGUGUCGCUGGAGCAGCAGCAGGGACAGCUGGAGAGGGAGCUGAUGGACCAGAAAAGCAAGCUGGAGUGGCUGCUCACAGACGUGUCGGCCGCUGAAGGACGCCUCAGGACCCUGCAGAAAGAGGAGCGGUGCACUGAGAGCCUGGAGAAGAUGCUGUCCCAGGCCAAACAGCAGCUUUCAGAGCGGGAGCAGCAGCUGAUGGAGAAGUCGGGUGACCUGCUGGCCCUGCAGAAAGAGGCCGAUGGCAUGAGGGCAGACUUCAGCCUACUGAGAAACCAGUUCUUAACAGAAAGGAAGAAGGCAGAGAAGCAGGUGGCUGGGCUGAAGGAGGCACUGAAGAUCCAGCGGAGCCAGCUGGAGAAGAACCUUCUGGAGCAGAAACAGGAGAACAGCUGCAUGCAAAAGGAAAUGGCGACAAUUGAACUGGUAGCCCAGGACAACCACGAGAGGGCCAGGCGCCUCAUGAAGGAGCUCCGUCAGAUGCAGCAGGAAUACCUGGAGCUCAAGAAACAGGUGGCAAACCAGAAAGACUUCGAGAGGAGGCAGAUGGAGGUCAGCAAUGCAAUGAGGACACUGAAGUCUGAGGUGAAAGACGAAAUCAGAACCAGUCUGAGGAAUCUCAACCAGUUCCUUCCAGAUCUACCAGCAGAUCUCACAGCUAUUUUGGAAAGAGAUGAUAACUUAAGAGAGCUGGAAAGCGUGAAAGAGAACUUCCCAUUUACCACAAAUGAGAGAAUUUUUGAAGAAAAAUCCAACUUUCCCCAAGUUCACAUCAUGGAUGAACACCGGCGUGGAGAAGCACUCCGUGAGAGACUGCGCCACCGUGAAGAUCACCUCAAGGCUCAGCUUCGAGACUCUAUGUCUAAGCAAGCAGAAGUAUUGAUCAAAGGAAAGCGGCAGACAGAGGGCACCUUACACAGUCUGAGGAGACAAGUCGAUGCUUUAGGAGAACUGGUCACUAGUACCUCCGUGGACUCAGCACCAUCACCCAGUCUGUCUCAUCUAGAGUCUUCCCUUGUAGAGGACUCCCAACAUGGACAUAGUCAGAGCUCCUUCCAAGUUCUGCAGGUUCCAUCAGAACCAAACAUUUACCGCCACUGAGUGUCUGCUUGCAGGAAAAGCAGCUCCUGCCAAGGCCAGGAAAAUGGUCAUGUGUAAACCGUAGAGGAAAUAGCUACUCUCCUACCUCACUGACAUCCUAAUGGAAUGUCAAUGUCACUAUCAAGACCCUGUGAAGAUGAAAGUGCACUGUAGCUCGCACCAUGUACACCGGGGUUUCUGUAAACCACAUACACUUGUGGACUAGAUGUGUGUAUUAACAUAGGACGGAAGCGGCUACUUUUUACCUUUCUCUUCCAAUCUUGGAACAUUUUUAUAAAGCCAGUGAAACCACAUAUACUGAGUAUGUCAAGUCACCAGAAUGUACUAAAAGCCCCUAGGCGUAAUUAAUAAGUUAUUAUUUUUGAUUCUGAUCCAAAAUUUAUUUUUAAUAUGAAAAUAAAAGGUACAGUCAA